AUGUUUUUGUGCACUAAUCAAGUGUAUCAACUUGCUGAUUCAGCUGUUGCAGAUGAAGUUUUGUCACAGGAGCAUACCAUAGACGGCAGAGUGGUUGAAGUGAAGAGGACUGUCCCUAGGGAGGACAUGGAAGUUACUGGAGUAUUCAGAACAAAGAAGAUCUUUGUUGGCGGAUUACCCCAGUUUUUCACUGAUGAUGAAUUGAAGGAUUACUUUUCAACUUAUGGUAAUAUUGUUGAGUACCAAAUCAUGCUAGAUCAUAAAACUGGAAGAUCUAGAGGCUUUGGAUUUGUCACUUUUGACAAUGAAGAUUCGGUUGAAAAGGUCUUCUCGGCAGGAAAAAUACAUGAACUUGGAGGCAAGCAGGUUGAGAUUAAGAGAGCCGAGCCUAAAAGAUCAGGGAAUUCAUAUGGUGGAAUGGAUGGAUUUGGUGCAUACAGUUCUAGAGGUCAUAAUCAUGGAAAAUGGGAUGAACCGUAUACUAAUUUUGGCAUGAACAGGCAAUGUGGCCAUUUCGAAGGAAGCUACGGAGGAAUCUCUGCAGCAUCCUACGGUGGCUAUUGUGGAUAUGGUUAUGGAUUUGGAUAUGGUAGAAUGUAUGGGUCUGGUGGGUAUAGAUUCAAUCCUUAUGGCAAUAGUGGUUGUGGUUAUGGUGGCAUGAGUAUGCAUGGAAGAGCAGGUCGUUUCAAUCGUACUGGUAGCAAUGACAAUGAUAGUCCUGCUGCUGCAAGAUAUCAUCCUUACUGGAAUGGAUUGGUUUUACAAAAUCAGGAAACCAUAGAAAGGUAAGAAUGCAGCAGAAGUAUCAUGAAGGUUGCCAAAUUGGCUUACCAAAUUACAAUAUUAAAUGUCAGGUUCCUUGCAAUGCCUCUAAGAGGACCGGGGUUCAUACUACGUUUAAAGGUCCAUAUAA